AUGACCAGCAAGAAGAUAAUUACAGUGUUUGGAGCAACAGGAUCUCAAGGUGGCUCUGUGGCCAGGACUCUUUUGGAGAGCAAAAAGUUUGCUGUAAGAGCAGUGACCAGGAAUGUGACUCAACCAAAAGCACUGGUGCUCCAGGAACUUGGUGCUGAGGUGGUAAAAGGGGACCUGAAUGAUAAAGCACUGGUGGAGGCUGCCUUAAAAGAUGCCUAUGGGGUCUUCCUAGUGACCAAUUACUGGGAACAUCACAGCAAGGAGGAUGAAGUGUGUCAGGGGAAGCUGGUGGCAGAUGUCACCAAGCGCCUAGGUCUGAAGCACGUGGUGUUCAGUGGCCUGGAGAACGUCAAGCGUCUGACUGGAGGGAAGUUGGCGGUUGAUCACUUUGAUAGGAAGGGAGAGGUGGAGGAAUAUUUCUGGUCCAUUGGUGUUCCCAUGACCAGCAUCCACUUGGCAGCUUACUUUGAAAACUUCCUCACUAUAUGGAAGCCCAAGAAAGCCUCUGAGGGAGAUUACUACACCUUGGCACUGCCUAUGGGGGACAUUCCCUUGGAUGGCAUCUCUGUUGCUGAUAUUGGAGCAGUCGUCUCUAGAAUUUUUGAUUCUCCAGAAGAGUUCUUAGGCAAAGCUGUGGGCCUCAGUGCAGAAGCACUAACAGUACAGCAAUAUGCUGAUGUUUUGUCCAAGAUUUUGGGGAAAGAUAUCCGAGAUGCAAAGAUCACGCCGGAAGCUUAUGAGAAGCUGGGGUUUCCCGGAGCGGAGGAAAUGGCCAACAUGUUUCGUUUCUAUCAUAUGAAGCCAGACCGUGAUGUCAAGCUCACCCACCAACUAAACCCCAAAGUCAAAAGCUUCAGCCGGUUUGUCUCAGAGAACAAGGAAGCCUUGAUGGGCAUUUAA